UGCUCCGGUGAAGAAAGGCUGGCGACCGGCCCUGUGUUUUUCUCCGUUUUUUCCUCUCCCCUCUGGUGUGGGCCAUCUUAAGGCCGAUGUCACCGAGUCGCCAGACCAGGAGCCAACAACGGUCAAGUAAGACGGCCAGGGAGCAAAGCGAUACUGUCGGCCUGAAAAGCAUGAAUGGUGCAGCCGGGAAUCGAUCGGAGUCCCUCGACGGAAACCUCGAACAAGGCAUGAGACGAAAUAACGGCAGUGAGAAUAGCGCUGGAAAUCGUCAUGAGAAUAAUGCCGGCGUCGGUGAUGAAGUUCUCGGCGAUCGUAGCAACAGGGGUCUCGUCCAGGACCAGCGGUUCAGGCUGCAGGCGGACUCGAACAGACCAGGUAACAGCACACAAGCCAUGGAGGAUACCUUUGGCGAUGCACGGGUGAAGCAAGAGGAGAGCGAGACGGGGCUGGUACGGGGAGGAGCAGAAGGAGGAGGCAGUGCCAGUAGCAGCGGCAGUGACGAGAACAGCGGAAACGAUAACAGCAAAGCCAGCGGCGCCGGUGGACAGCGAACGUCUAGUUCUGGAAUGGCGUCGCUGGACGAGAUGGAUGUCAAUACAAUAGGAGAGAUACCAGACCUGAGCGGAGAUAAUAGCACCAAGAAUAACAGCAAUACCUCAUCAAGUAAUUUUGACAAUGAACAUGGUGGAAGACACACCGAUAUUAACGACAGGAAUAACGACAAGAAUAACGACGAGAUGGUGGAUGAGGAGGACGAUGGCGAAGAGGAGGACGAGGACGGCGACGGCGACGGCGAAGAAGACGAGGGAGACGAGGACGAAGAGGACGAGAUUGGGGACGACUACGAGGACGACCUCGAGGACGACCUGGACGAGCCGUCUGGGGCGUUUGCUAACGUGGCACAGGGCCUGGUGGGCAAGUACAAGAACUACAUGAUGCAGUACUGGCAAAACACGAUCGAUUCCAUCGAGCGUGACGAGCACGACUUCAAGAACCACCAGCUCCCCUUGGCCCGUAUCAAGAAGGUGAUGAAGACGGACGAGGAGGUAAAGAUGAUUUCUGCGGAGGCGCCGAUCCUCUUUGCGAAGGGCUGCGACAUCUUCAUCACGGAGUUGACCAUGCGUGCGUGGAUCCACGCGGAGGAGAACAAGAGACGCACGCUGCAGAAGUCGGACAUCGCCGCUGCGUUGCAGAAGUCGGACAUGUUUGACUUCCUCAUCGACAUCGUGCCCCGGGAGGAGGAGCGGCCGAAGCGCAAGAGCCAGGGCAACCUCAUGGCCCCGGUCGUGAACCAGCCGAUGCAGGCCGACCCGAACGUGCAGAUGCCGGUUCCCAUGUCCGACGAGCAGCUCUACGGCCAGUACCAGCCGCAGGGUUUCUUCCAGCCGCAGCAGCAGUACCAGGAGGGCGCCGGCGGCGGGCUGCCUGAGGACGUGCAGGAUCCGCUGGACCCGGGCGCCUCGCAGGACGACAGCCGCUACUACCAACAGCAGCAGCAGCAGCAGCAGCAGCAGUUCCAGUACCAGUGAGCCGCCGGCCUGUAGUAUAUGCUCCUAAUCUGUUUACAGUUAGAAUUGCUUUGUGUAUUAGUAUAAAAGUUGCACCGCAACGCUAUAUCAGUCUAGAGAACACGCGGCGUCUACUCGACCUCCGCAACAACCUCGAUCUCAACGAGGAACUGCGGAGCAGCCAACUUGGCAAUCACACACGAUCUCGAAGGCUUUGUCUUG